AAAUAUUUUUAAGAAACCCAUGCUGUUAAGAGUUUUAUUAAUUAGACACCAACGUUGACCCAUUCAUUCGCUACCAUCGCCAUUGAAACAAAACAAGGUAGUGUCAGUCAAACUUGCUUGGUUCACCUCAUCGGCGAUUACAUUAAGGUUCAAAGAUUCAAUCUUUUCAUCUACUGAGCUGUGUUGUGUUGUGUUGUGAUGGAUCUAACUAAAUUAAAUGCUGCACAGCUUACUCUGUAUGGAUCUGCAUUUUGUGUCAUGCUUUCUAUGCAUUUCACUUUGCAGUUACUUUCUCAGCAUCUCUUCUAUUGGAAGAACCCAAAAGAACAAAGGGCUAUUGUUAUUAUAAUCCUCAUGGCUCCUAUCUAUGCUAUUGUUUCAUUUGUUGGUCUAUUGGAUGUUAGAGGAAGUAAAGAGUUUUUCACUCUUUUGGAGUCUGUUAAAGAGUGCUAUGAAGCUCUUGUUAUUGCUAAGUUUUUGUCUUUGAUGUAUAGUUACUUGAAGAUAUCUAUUAGUAAAAAUAUUGUUCCUGAUGAAAUUAAAGGAAGGGAAAUUCAUCACUCCUUUCCAAUGACACUUUUUCAGCCUCAUUCUGUUCGGCUGAACCACCAUAAUCUGAAGCUUCUGAAAUAUUGGACAUGGCAGUUUGUUGUUAUCCGUCCUGUGUGUUCCAUUUUGAUAAUUUCAUUACAGCUACUUGGACUCUAUCCUAAUUGGUUGAGCUGGGUCUUCACCAUCAUUCUCAAUGUUUCUGUCUCCUUGGCCUUGUAUUCUCUGGUGAUCUUUUACCAUGUGUUUGCUAAAGAAUUGGCACCGCAUAAACCUCUAGCGAAAUUCUUGUGCAUCAAAGGAAUUGUUUUCUUCUGCUUUUGGCAGGGAAUGGUGCUGGACAUUUUAGUAGCAGCUGGCGUCAUUAAAUCUCGUCAUUUGAAGUUAGAUGUGGAGCAUAUUGAGGAAGCAAUGCAGAACAUUUUGGUAUGUAUUGAGAUGGUGGUCUUUUCUGUUCUUCAACAGUAUGCUUAUCAUGCUUCACCAUAUAGUGGGGAAGUUGAAAAAAUGCUUAAACAAAACAAGAAAAAUGAGUGAUAUGGUCAAAAGAUAAAGACUCAAGCUAUAAAGAUGUAUUGAAGAGUUAUUUAUUGUGGCACUAGAAACAUGAAAACAUUGAUGAUAUGUGUAUGUGUUGUUUUGAUAAAGAAUAAUAUUUGUAUAAUUGUAUUGUACUCUGCCGCCAUAAACUCACCUUCUUCUUGGUGACUGUAAUUUUCCAGCUCUACUAAAUAAACUUUGCUUUUAUUUAAUCCUCA